AUGUCGAAGAAAAUAACGGACUUUUUUUCCAACAAAAGUAAUGAUAGUGAAGGUAAUUCCAGGGGAACAUCCACACCAAUAACUAGUGAAACAUCUGCAGCAACAACUAGUGAAGCAUCUGCAGCAACUACUAGUGAAAGAAGUUCAGAUUUAGCUAAUCUUUCACAGCGAAAAAAAACUGACAGAACGUUAAAAUCAAGCACAUUAAAAAAGUGGAUUAGCGAAGAUUUGGCACCAUCCAACGCUUUUGUGUGGCUAAAUCAUGAAGAAAAUGGGCACGGCCAAGUCAAAUUGAUGAAAUGCAUGGUGUGCACAACGUUUGAAGAAAGAAUAAAGCACAAUCGAUAUUUUUCUAAUGCGUGGAUACAAGGGUCAUGUAACCUUCGUUUAUCUAACGCACAAGAUCACGCUGCAACAAAGUGUCAUCGGCAUGCAUACGAUCUCUAUAUUAAGAAUUUAACAUCCAAAGGCGAAUUGUCUAGCAAUAUGGAAAAUCCGCUUAGGCCUCAUCCCAGUCAACGCACUCUAGAAGAUGGUUUCUCAAAGUUAAAUGAAACCCAGCUAGAGCAAACAAUUAAGAAGUUUGACAUCGUGUAUUUUGUUGCCAAAAACGAGUUGCCAUUUACCGUCUUUGAAGAUUUAAUUACACUGGAGAAACGUCAUGGUGUUGACUUAGGUGAUGUUUACAAUAACCGAAAACAAUGUGGUGAAUUUAUUGAUGUGAAUGCCCAAUUUAUUGCUCAUCAGCUGAAUGAAGAUUUGACAAAAGCAAAAUUUUAUAGUGUCUUAACAGACGGUAGUACAGACAACUCAGUAACUGAGAAAGAAGUCGUUUAUGUGCUGUAUUUUGAUCCCCACUCUAAGUCAAAUCCAGAGGAAGUAGAAGUCAAACUUUCGUUUUUGUGUCUAAAAGAUGUAAAGAAGGCAGACGCAGAAGGUAUUACGAGUGCAAUUGAACAAAGUUUUGAGUCACUGGGGAUCUUGCCAAAUGAAUUGUAUUCUAAAUUAGUGGGUUUUGGAGCUGAUGGUGCAUCCGUGAACAGUGGAAACAAAAAUGGAGUGAAAGCACUUCUGGAGAAAAAUGCUCCUUGGCUAGUAUACACAUGGUGUGUUGCACACAAACUGGAGCUUGCCGUCAAAGACGCACUAAAUGGCACAGUAUUUGACGAUGUUGGUGAUAUGCUGACGAAGUUAUAUUCCCUGUAUCAUAAAUCUCCCAAGAAAAUGCACGAACUGAAAGAACUUCAUGAUUUACUCAACUAUGAAUUUGAAGAAGGCUCUGUGAAACCAAAACGUGCUUCUGGAACACGAUGGAUCGCAUUCAAGUUAUCAGCACUUCGAAUUGUUCUUGACAAAUAUGGUGUUUACAUGCAACAUUUAGAACAUUUAAGCAGUGAUAAAGAAGUCACAGAUCGUCAAAAACUCAAAGGUUAUUUACGUAAAUGGAAAUCUAGUCGCAUGCUUUUAUAUGUUGCACUGUUUAUUGAUGUUCUCAAUCCUGCUGCAAUUUUGUCUAAAGCAUUCCAAGAUGAUCCAAUUGACAGUGUUGGAGCAAUACAUAACCUUAAGCGAUCCAAGCAAUCCCUUGACCAGUUGAUGUCGAAAUCAUUUGAAGACCUUCCAUCUGUCAAACAUGUUUUAAAUAAACUGGUAGUCACAGACACCACAUGUACUUAUCAAGGAAUCGAAUUUCCAGUCCACAGUUUCAACAAAGCUGCGGCUGAUGUUAAAGCUUCAAAAAACACUGUCAUAGAAUCCAUUCAUUCUACUGUAGAUGCCAGAUUGGAAGGUGCCAGUAGCAUUGAAUUAGAGUCUGUAGCGAAGAUCUUGAACACGGAGCACUGGAAAUUACUAGCAGAAGUGGACGGAGUCGAGUUUGCAGAUAACAUGAUUACUGGUAUUUUGGAGAAGUUCCGUCCUAUUUUAUUAAAGCAAGGCCUCUGUCCAAGCAACUAUAAUCAAGCUAUUCUUGAAGAGUGGCACGAUAUGCUAAGUCAUACAGUAAACUUUCUUCAGUCAGAGAAGGCCAACUACAAGAAGACAUGGAGACUUUUGUUUAACUGCUCGUAUUCCUCCAAGUGGAAGAACAUUUUGCUUUUGGUCAAACUGUUGUUUUCUGUGCCAAUUUGCAAUGCAAAACUAGAACGCCUGUUUUCCAAACUCAAGAGAACAAAGAGUGAUGCAAGAUGUUCUUUAGGCGAAGAGAGGCUAACAAAUGUUCUUAGAAUUGAGGAGGAAGGUCCUCCCCUUGGUUCGUUUGAUGCUAGCCCUGUUGUUCAGAUGUGGCAAAGUCAGAAAGUUAGACGGCCAAAUCAGAAGAGAAGAAAGAAAUAUAGAGCUAGAAAAAAGAAAGUUAAAUAUUAUCACGUGUCUGAAAAAGAUGCAAAUUCUGAUGAUUCUGUUGAUGACAUCAAUGAUGUGAUUGAUACCACACCAGCACCACCGGCUUCAGAAUCUAACAAUGUGGAAGACAUGGAAGUUUCUAAUGAUGGUACAGAUUCAUCUGGUUCUGGCCGUACAGCUGCUUUACUUUUCAGUGACACUGACAGUGAAGCUAGUGAUUUUGUAGGUUUUUUGCCUGAAGACUUGUAG